AUGCAUCACCGACUCGGGAUUCUAGCUGGCUCAUUUCGUCAGAAUGGCAACGCUGCAGGCGUGACGAGAUGGGCAGCUGCACGUCUGCGUGAACUAGUCGACAAGGACACAGAGGUGCUCAUCCUCAGCGAACACGCCACUUUGCCCUUACCAGCGCUCAAAGAACAGGCUGUGCCGGCUACGAUCAACGACUCGUCAAACUAUGAAUUUGCUGUGGUUCAGGAAUGGUCACGAUUGAUCAGCUCGCUGUCCGGGCUCAUCAUCACGACGCCUCAGUACAAUUGGGGCUACCCAGGCGAUCUCAAGAAUGCAAUAGAUCACCUUUACAUGGAAUGGAAAGAUCUACCGAUCGUCAUCGCGACCUUCGGCGGACAUGGUGGGAGCAAAUGCGGGCCCGCACUUGCGCAAGUCAUCGAGGGCAUCAAAGCCAAAGUUGUCAGCGUCAGCGAGGUUGAGAUAACGCUACCGAAGAACUACAUUGGAGGUAACGAGAGAGUGCAAGACGGUCAAGAAGAGUUCCUUGCCGAAUACGGGCCCAAGCUCGACGAGGCGAUGACGAAGCUCCUUGACCAGCUGCGCGAGCGCAAGUAA